GGCGCGCCACGCCACAACGAGGAUGAAUGGUUGCUUUUAAUCGAAACUGUGACGUAUACAGUGUAUCUGUAAUGUUGGCCACCGGCUUCGCUUUUCAAAACUGCCCAGGGAUAAUAUCGGCGGGAGUGGAUUACUGUGCCUAUCAGUGGUCAGUGUGAUUUGGACAAAAGUAUUCAACUCAAGAUGACAAAGUAACUUUUGUCUCUACCGGCUCUUCGGGGCAGUACCAUUAAGUGUUCCUUUCAUCUUGUAUUGGCUUUUAAACUGCUAGCUCGCUAUCGCUAGCUAAGUUACUAAUUUAGACGGACACAGCUGAAAAGCUAGUAACCAACAUUAACUUGUCUGCAAGAGGUGGUUUUUCAAGAGGAGUGACGUACCGCACCAAGGAAGGAUGUCGCUUGUGUUGAAAACAAUGAUUCGUCGAAUGAUUUCCUCUCUGUUAAACGACUCUCUGGAUAUCUAACGUUAACUAUAUUUCAGUCGCGAAGGGUCUGUGUUAAAUUACAUUAGGUAACAGGGUUAACGCACCUUGUUUUAUAAAUAGUCGGUCUUCGUCAAGGCUGUUGUUUAGCCAGCUAGCUAGGAUUGGACCCUAGCUAGCAUGUAUAAGUUAGUCAUAGGUAAUACUUUAGUCAACUUUCCUUUCACUAUACACAGUGAAAAACCCGAGGUUGGGACAGGUAAGGGCAUCUCAACUAAAUAACCUAACGUUACUUUAUCUUGCACAUUAAAGACUGUCCGAGCUAGCUCGCGAGUUACAAGUGUCAAGUAUGGUAUGGCUGACGACUAAUUUUAACUUUGUUGGAUAAGGUAGCAAGCUAGCUGGCCGUUUUGUAGCAGUGGAAGAGUCCGUUUACAUCUACAAACUUGUGUUGACUUCGUUAAAGUUAGGCCUUAUUUUUGCAAAAAGGUGGAUUUUUUUAAAAACUGAAGCGGAAGAAGACUUCUGCUCACGGCUUGGACUGGAACAAUGUCUAGAAGACGACUUGACAGUCGCAGCAUUGCUGCGGGGCUGCUGGGUGACAUCCAGACACAAAUAUCGACGGAUCCUCUGGAUAGCCUGUAUGAAAUCACAGGGGAGCUGGGCAGGGGCAAGUUUGCGGUGGUGAAGCGAUGCGUGGAGAAGGCCACGGGCAAAGUGUUUGCCGCCAAGUUCCUAAAGAAGCGGCGGCGUGGGCGCGACUGCCGGGCAGAGGUGGUGCACGAGAUGGCCGUGCUAGAGGUGGCACGCAACAACCCGCGCGUGGUCAACCUGCAUGUCGCCUACGAGACGGACCAUGACAUCGUCCUGCUGAUGGAGUAUGCGGCGGGUGGCGAAAUAUUUGACCACUGUGUGUCCGACGAGUUGUUACCAGAGAGCCAAAUCACUCGCCUCAUCAGACAGACACUGGAGGGGGUUCAUCACCUGCACCAGUGCGGUGUAGUGCACUUAGACCUUAAGCCCCAGAACAUUCUCUUGACUAACCUGAGCCCACUGGGUGACAUCAAGCUUGUGGACUUUGGCCUGGCGCGCAGGCUUGGCACAGCUGGCGAGCUGAGGGAGAUCCUGGGUACUCCGGAGUAUGUGGCACCAGAGAUCCUGAACUAUGAGCCCAUCACAACAGCCACAGACCUUUGGAGUGUUGGAGUCAUCGCCUACAUGCUGGUUACGGGCGAGUCCCCUUUCGCUGGGGACAACAAGCAGGAGACGUUCCUGAAUGUGUCGCAGGUGAACGUGGACUUCAGCCGCGAGACCUUCUCCCUGGUGUCCGAGCUGGCCGUGGACUUCAUCCGCAAGCUGCUGGUCAAAGUGCCCGAAGACAGGCCCAGUGCUGCAGACUGUAUGACCCAUCCCUGGCUGUGGCAGCACUACCCCGGCACAGAGUCCCUGCCCCCCACACCCCGCACCGCCCGGGAAAGGAGUGGGGGCGGCAAGUGGGCCGCACCGCCUGAAGACCUGGAGGACAAGGAGAACUUCCUGGACUCGCCCCAUGCCAAACGGUUUCGCUUCCGCGAGGAAGACAUGCCGACCUUUGGAGAUGCUGACCACUGAGCACCACCAUCAGGAGGCACUGAUAAUUCCUGUCUUUCUUUUUUCUUUUUUGUUAAAUUAAUUUCUCACGUCAAGGUUUGGGCCCCACUUUCUCCCAUUAGCGGUUUAAGCCAUUGUGCUGUCUGCAAAAAAACAUCUAGCGUGACUUAAAAUGGUUGUGCAUAGCGUCCAAUGAGGUGCAGCUGUGUGAUUCAGUGUUGUGUGUCACUGAAGUCAUUGUUUCUCUCGAGAUUGAAUAAGCUUUGUUGCGUGCAGUCACAAUGAACUGUGCGUUUUUUAAUUCCAACUUUAAUUUAAAAUUUAACUUUUACCCUUCUCUUGUUAGUGAAAUAUCGCUGGUCAAAUGUUUCUUGAUGAGAAUCCUUGCAGUACUGUCUGGGCAAUACCAUCUUUAACCAUCAUUUAAUGUUACGUUAAUUGUAUUUUUCAUAAUUUUUGAAGACUAGUAGCGUCCAGGCAUAUACCAUGUUUUUAAAGACGUUUCUUCCUCGUUGAUAGUCCCUUAAAUUAUACCGAAAAGGACCAUUUAUUUUCCUACCCUAAGUGAACCAAACAAAUAUUGUAUGGAAACAUUUCCUUUUUAUAAGGACCAGAACACAAAUGUGUCCUCCAGACAUAUUUCAUCAAUAAACAUCUAAGGGUAAAGUCACCCAGAGAUCACUUUACUCUUGGGCCUCACGCCAGUCCUUUCAAAAGGCUUCCUAUUGGUUCUACUCUGUGACUAGAGGCAAAGUCGAUCGCAGGUGAUGGCUUGGUCAGCUUGGUGGUCUUGCUGACGUGUUUUAAUUCGGUCAGACUCCACUGCUGAGGGUGUUUUGAACGUUCAGUUUGGAAAGAUUAGGGACUGAGUCUGUAGACUCAUCUGAACGCAUUCUUCUGGCUGAUGCAAAGCCUGCAUCUCCAGGCACGUUUCAUGUCAAAAAUGUCCAGCCCAUCCCAGGGCAAUUAGAACAUUGGAUAGCCCCUCACAAAAGAAUGACUCAGCGCCACUCCCAGGAUUACUCAAUUAUGUUCUUGCGAUCAGCAUGCCACUUCCUUUAAGUCAAUGACUUAGAAUCUCGCAAAGCACUUAACUCUUCAGUGUCCCUCAUUUUCAAAAGGGGAAAUCCAUUGGUGUCCUAAACCAUUUAGUAUCUUGCAGUGUGCAAACUGCAGUUUCUUUGUGUGCAUUAAAAGAGGCAGUAAUAGUACAGUGCAACAUGUAUUGAAAUGAACCAUUAAGGUUAAACCUCAGGAAGGGAAGCACUGUAUUGUCAAACUAUUGCCAGCUAGCCUUUAAUUAACAUUCCCCUACCCACCUAGUUAUAUAACACCGUAUGAGGUGCUGAGUCUGCCGUAUCCUGUGUAAAAACAGUAUUUACCCCCCGUACCCCUACUGUAUAUUGGCUUCAGUGAACUCUCUUAAACAUUUAAUAGCAUAGAAUAUCUAAAUGUUUUGAAGUGUAAUAUUCUUUUAUCUUUGUACAUUCCGAGCCUUCUCAUCUCAGGGUAAGCCCAUGACUGGAUGGGUAUCGCCUGCCAGUCCACUGUGUGCCUCUUUAUGCUUGCUCUGAGUCUUGGGGAUUUCUCGCAAUAAGUUAUGCAAUUUAUAUUUAUAUGUACGUGGGAAUUAUAGUCUCGUUCUAUCGUGAUAGAUGUGUAUAUAUGAUGCAAUAAUUGAGUAACUUUAAUUAGAAUGGUGUAUAACCGGUCAUUCCUUGCACUAGAUGGACUGAUAACAUAACAUUGAAAGCAUUGAGUUGGGAAAUAUCAAGCUGCAUGGAGAGGUAGUCUGUGAUGGUACGUUUGGAUGCAUAUGUAAGUAAAGUAUUGAUAUUUGUUAUGGCCGUGUGGAUUGAGAACGUUUUUGAAAAUUAAGACAUAGAUAGUGUGGCCUGUGAGGAUGGGUAGAGAUUUGUAGGGAUCGCUACAACAGAGUAUUGUAGUGUAAGAAAUGAGAAAUGGUUAAGUUAUUCUGUGAGGAAAGAAAUGGAAAAGAAUGGUGCCGAGAUGGCACAUUGUAAUGAAGGUGGUGGUAGGUUGGGGCAGGAAAGGAUGUUUUUGGCCUAAUGUAUUUAUCAGGUAACAUUCCAAAUGGGAAGUGAACUCUCCAUUACAAAGGGAAGUAUCCAGUGUCAGUUCCACAUUGGAUAUGAGGACAAAUUGGUCCAUAACGGGACCAAUAAGGUGUUGGGUAACGGCGACUCUUCAUUUAAACAGCACAGCCUGUGAUACUGCAUACCGCUACACUGCAUUUCAGAACUGGAAAUAAGACCGUAAACGCAAGCCUGUCUGCCAAAUGUUUCUCUUUCUUCAGGGAGGUGUGAAGAGCGUACUGUUUGCUCUGUGUAGUUGCUCCCAGGGUCUCUUAGCGAUGGCACCGGCUGCGACACACAAGUGGAGCCUUUGUCCCACAGACGGGUGUCUCCUGUUACGGCCGUGCUCUCACUGUAUGCUGUCAUUUUAAGGGAACCAGAGUUCGUGUCUGCUCUGGGAGAUGGCGUCAGCGAAAGGCUCACUGGCUGUGGAGUGUCUGAAAUUUUAAACCCAGGGAGAAUGUCUGUAUGGAUUCAUUGAGCCUACUGAGAUGCACUGCUUGAUAUUGCAGUGUUUUUGUUGUAGCUUGGUGUAUCACUGGGGCUCUGGUAAUUUUAUGUGUCAGCUGGAAAUUGGUUUUCUGUUGUAGUGAUUUGUGGCCAGUGUAACUUUCCCUUGUAUGUAAGUUGGUAAACUGCACAGCACAGUUGGAAAUUAGAUGGAAAAUAAUUCUCGUGUUUUUUGUUUUGUUUUCUGAAUUUUAUAGCUUUUGUAUUUCAUACACACCAUAUAUAAAGAGAUUUACAUAUUUAAUUGAUUUGUGAAAUAUUGAUUACACAGACCUACUCAAAUUAAUGAGUCUACUGUAGGUCAUAAUCAAAAUGGAUGGAUGUGGAUUUACAUAUGCAGUGCCAUGGUUUUAUGUGUACACCAAUGUUAAACAAAACUGUUCACUUUACCAAUAAACCUGGUCAGUAUCCUUCA